CAUUGCCAUGCCAUCGCGCGCGAGGCUUGGCAGAAAGUUUUAAACCUUAAAACCUAAUUAAGUAAACUUGGUUUAUUAUGCUUAUAAAUCUGUUAUGGAGUGCAUUAGCCAACAGCUUUCUAGAGUACGCCGCCGGGGGGUCAGAAGACAACAAAUUGUGCAAUCACCACCAGUAAUCAGCUAUAAAAACUUGGAUGGCGGUCCCUAUCGAUCUCUAAUCCAUAAUGCCACCUGCGGCAAAUCUACAAUAGGAGCAGCAAACACUAACCGUGGCUGUAACCAUCGCAUAAAGUGACAAAGUGAACCAUUCGGAUUAUAUUACUAGUGAUUUGGAUUUACUUCACGACUCCACUAUAAAUUGCGCGAAAACACUAACUUUAAUCCUAGUAAUUAAAGUGUACAUAUUUCAAUUCGAUCGGUUAGUAGUACUUCAGGAGGAUUUCGGAAUUAGGAUAUCUUCAUAAACGUAAGUUCUGUACUUCGGGUGUCUCCGUGAGUAGGUCGGGCGAGCUCGUUAGGGACUCGUGCAUCUUCGGUAGUCGCUCGGGUAUCUUCGGGAGUGUUCGCUCGCCGCCGUGCCGGGUGGCAUGCUGUGUUGCGGGCGCGCGCGGGCCGCGGGUCGGCGCCGCUAGCGGUCGACAUGCGCGCACGCAGCGCCGCGGCGCACCUCGCCCUGCUCGUAUUAGCGCAUCUCUAUCCACCUGGAGUGUGCGAUGUAGCGGGCGGUGCGGGGUCAGUGAAUGCGCUGCCGGCCGGCGCGGGCGCAGCAGCGGGCCGGCUGGCGCCCUCCUUCGACGCGGCCACGCCGCGCAACGUCACCGCACUCGUCGGCAAGUCCGCCUAUCUCAGCUGUCGCGUACGCAACCUCGGAAACAGAACGGUGUCGUGGAUCCGGCACCGCGACCUGCACAUCCUGACGGUGGGCGGCUACACAUACACGUCGGACCAGCGGUUCCAGGCGACGCACUCGCCGCCCACCGACGACUGGACGCUGCACAUCAAGUGGGCGCAGCAGCGCGACGCCGGCGUCUACGAGUGCCAGGUGUCCACGCAGCCCGUGCGCUCCUUCUUCGUCACGCUGCAUGUCGUCGAUGUGUCGGUGUGCGAGGAGCAGCACUACCAGCGGAUGUUGGCGGACCAAGUGCCGUCGGCGCGCAUCUUGGGCGGGCCGGAUCUGCACGUGGACAUCGGCUCCACCAUCAACCUCACCUGCCUCAUACAGUUCUCCCCCGAGCCUCCCGCCUACAUCUUCUGGUACCACGAGGAAGAGCAGGUGAUAUCGUACGACUCGUCGCGCGGCGGCGUGUCGGUGGUGACGGAGAAGGGCGCGGCCACCACCAGCUACCUGCUGGUGCAGGACGCGGCGCCCGCCGACUCCGGCCGCUACUCCUGCUCGCCCUCCAACGCCGAAGUCGCCUCCGUGCGCGUGCACGUGCUCAACGGCGAGCGGCCGGCGGCCAUGCAGACGGGGUCGGCAGGGCUGUCCAACAGCUCGCGCUGCAUCUUGGCGCUGCUGCUGGCGGGCGCGGCGCACGCGCGGCUGCUGCGGGCGCUGCUCAACAGCUGAUGCCGGCGCGUGCGCUAGGCGGGGUGCCUGCCGACAGUGACACAGUGCGACACGAACUCUGCCCGGGCCCGCGCUCGCCGCCGAUACCGAGCCGGGAGCCCCAACGAAUCUCUCAACUAAAUAAAAUUUUAAGCGAAAAC